GGUAGUUGAGUGUUGAGUGUUGCAGUUGAUUUGACGGCUGUGCUGGCAGAAAAGGCGUAGCUGGUAAACACAACGUAAAGACUCCGUCAGUUUUCACCGCUGGUCCGGUUCGGUUUGGGUUUUGACGGGCUCUCCCGGUUCGUCGGUACCGUCCGUGUUUGUUGCAGGGGCUGUCAGCCUGCCUCUAUCCGAGCAGACGUUAGCAUUAGCAUUAGCGGGGUGACGAUGAUAGCGCUCAUCAACAAGCUUCUGGACUGGUUCAAGGCUCUGUUCUGGAAGGAGGAGAUGGAGCUGACCCUGGUCGGACUGCAGUACUCCGGGAAGACUACCUUCGUCAACGUGAUCGCGUCGGGCCAGUUCAGUGAAGACAUGAUUCCUACAGUCGGCUUCAACAUGAGGAAGAUCACCAAGGGCAACGUCACCAUCAAGUUGUGGGACAUCGGCGGUCAGCCUCGCUUCAGGAGCAUGUGGGAGCGUUACUGUCGAGGAGUCAGCGCCAUCGUAUACAUGGUGGACGCCGCAGACUCUGAGAAGAUAGAAGCUUCGAAGAAUGAACUCCACAAUCUGCUGGACAAACCUCAGCUUCAUGGAAUCCCUGUUCUGGUUCUGGGGAAUAAGCGAGACUUACCGGGAGCUUUGGAUGAGAAAGAGCUGAUAGAGCGGAUGAGCCUGUCGGCCAUCCAGGACAGAGAGAUCUGCUGCUACUCCAUUUCCUGCAAGGAGAAAGACAACAUUGGUACGGUACACACUUGCCACACUCCUCCCAUCAUGCAAUGCCGUGAAAGUGUUUGUUUGAGAAAGGGGCGUCUGGACUCUAGUGCUCUUCCUGCUGUGUUUGCUGGAGAUGAGCAGUGGUGCCAGCGGGCGUCCGGGCCUGAAGAGGACUAUGUUACCAUAUGA